CCGUGCUGAGGUCAGGAGUACUUCCGCGACGGUCGGGUCGGAUCGGCGAGCGAGCGGCGGUGGCCGCGCAGGUGAUGCUGUAGUCAUGUCAGAUAAGGAUCCUCCAGAAUCUCCAGUGGUAACCGAAGCAGCCUCGAUCCUUAAAGAUGAGAACUGUGAGCCAGUGGAGAAGCCAGAGAAUAAAUCUCAGCCUGUAGUGUCCACCCGGAAAAGACCAGAGACCAAACCUUCCAGUGAUCUUGAGGCUUCUGCACUUCUUCCUGCUCAGGAGACUGCUUCUAAAGAUGUACCUCAGACUGGAUGGGGUUAUUGGGGCAGUUGGGGCAAGUCUCUACUCUCCUCAGCCUCAGCUACAGUGGCUACAGUGGGACAAGGUAUUUCAAAUGUCAUCGAGAAGGCAGAGACUUCUCUUGGGAUUCCUAGCCCCACUGAAAUUUCAGCUGAAGUCAAGCAAGCAGCAGGAGAAACAAAUGCUGGUGAGAAUGGAAGCUUACUAGUGGCUGGACCAUUCGGGAUGCUCUCGACCAUCUCAACAGCUGUGCAGAGCACGGGCAAGAGCGUUAUCAGUGGGGGGUUGGAUGCCUUGGAAUUCAUUGGGAAGAAGACAAUGGAUGUCAUAGCAGAAGGGGAUCCUGGAUUUAAAAGAACCAAGGGCCUGAUGAAUCGGACUUCUACGCUGUCUCAGGUUUUACGAGAGGCAAAGGAUAAAGAAGAGCAGUGGCCUUCCAAUGAGGUAACCAUGGAAACAGACAAGAAAACUCAUUAUGGGCUACUCUUUGACGAGUUUCAAGGCCUUUCUCAUCUAGAAGCUCUGGAGAUGCUUUCCCGAGAAAGUGAAAUAAAGGUGAAAUCUAUCCUUAGUUCUCUGAGUGGAGAAGAACUACAGACAACUAGACUUGAGCUAGAGCAGCUCAAAGAAGCGUUUUCCCUAGCCGAGUUCUGUGAGGAAGAGGAGGAGGAGAGACAAGGGGAUGAAGAUUUUACCAAGGAGAUAACAGAUCUGUUUGCUCAGCUUCACGUCUCUUCCCGACCAGAGAAGCUUGCCAAGGCAAGAAAUACAGCCUACAAAUGGAUCAGAACAUCUCUGGCUAAGCCAGUAGGAGAGAAAGAAGAAGGAGAAAAAGAAUUAGAGGCAGAAAAUACUGAGGAAGCCCAGAAACCUUCAAUAGAGGAUAUCCAUGCAUUUGCAAUUCGGAGUUUAGCAGAGUUGACUGCCUGCUCAAUAGAAUUGUUCCACAAAACAGCAGCAUUGGUUCUGCAUGGCCAGAAGCAGGAGGUGACAGCCUUAGAGAGGAGCCAGACUCUCUCCCAGAUGACAGUCAUGCUGUGUAAAGACCUGGCCUCUCUGUCUAAGGAGUUCACCACCUGCCUGACCACAGCUGGGGUCAGAGAGAAGGCAGAUGUUCUUAACCCACUCAUCACUGCAGUGUUUCUAGAGGCCUCAAACAGUGCCUCCUACAUUCAAGACGCCUUCCAGCUCAUUCUGCCUGUGCUGCAGAUCUCGCUCAUCGAGAGCAAGACAGAGUCACCCGGGUGCGAGCCGCCAGCCCAGAGACCUCUGACAGAACACUGAGGAGCAGAGAAGAGUCUGCGAGAUGGUGAUAGCCAAGAAACCUGACUUUGCUCAGGGACCCCUGCAGCCAGAGCGAGACAGACAUAGUACUGAGUGUGUGGAAGGCCAGCAGGCGCAGGCUCACAGAGCUGCUUGCUUCUCCACGUAGCUGAUGCGCUCAGGGGCUCACACUGCUCUUCCAGCCUUAUAAGUAAUAAAUUAUUAAAAAAA